CGCAGCCAGGGGCGCGCAGGGGCUGCAGGGCAGCUGCUGCAGCGCCUCCGCACCCUGCCCUCCCCCGGGCCCUCCCCCUGCAGAGCCCCAAUUUCGCUGCUUUUCACCCGACGGGUGCCAGCCUGGCGGCGGAGGAGCUAUGGCAGAGGAGCAGAGCGAGCUGGAUGAGAGGAUCAUCAUCAAGGACCAACACACCAAGGAGAUCGACCUGGUGAACAGAGACCCGAAGCGGAUAAAUGAGGACGUUGUGAAGGUGGAUUUUGAAGAUGUGAUAGCUGAGCCAGUGGGAACGUACAGCUUUGACGGUGUCUGGAAAACCAGCUACACCACCUUCACUGUCAGCAAGUACUGGUGCUACCGGCUGCUUUCUGCCAUCCUGGGAAUCCCCCUGGCUGUGGUCUGGGGCUUCCUCUUUGCCCUCAUCUCCUUCUGCCACAUCUGGGCAGUGGUGCCCUGCAUCAAGAGCUACCUGAUCGAGAUCCAGUGCGUCAGCCGCAUCUACUCCCUCUGCAUCCACACCUUCUGCGACCCGCUCUUCGAGGCACUCUCCAAGAUCUGCAGCAACAUCAGAGUUGCUCUGCGGAAGGAAACCUAGAUCUCGACGGCUGCCCCAGCCACCGCGCUGCACCGGUUUCCUGAGCAGCUCGCGGUGUGCCCACCUCGGUCACGCUGCCACCUCACCUGGGGGACCUGCGCAGCACGCAGGAGCCUGUGGCACAGCUGGCUCUCGGGACUCUCUCCCAAGAAGGAGGCACACCGAGCUGCCCCUCAAUCCAUCCUAAAGACAGCAGUGGUGGCAGAACCUGGCAUCAUGCCCUGCUCCUGCAGGAAGGACCGCAGCGUCUCCCAGACCACAGAAUCCCCCAGACCUCAGCAUUUUCUGGACCUCAGCAUCCCCCAGACCUCAGCAUCUCCUGGACUGCCGCAUCUCCUGGACCAUGGCCCUGGGCCACCACCUGCAGCUGCAGAGCAGGGAGGGAGCAGCAGAGCCGCCAGCAUGCUGCCAGCUGCCCCACACAGCCCUGCCUGCUCCGUCUCCAUCCAUCCUCUAGCAUAACCCUGAGAAAAACACUCACAUACGAAUAAUUUGCCGCAAAUAAUUGUUGUGAAAGCUUCUGUAUUAAAUCAGGCUGCACAAAAGGCUUAUGGAUAGAAUAGUGGGAAAAAAAAAAAA